GGCUACAUUUGUUAGUGGAGUGGGGACGACACAGAUCGACUAUCUUCUCCUGCGCAGGUGUGAUCGGGUGCUCUGCAAGGAUGCUAAAGUAAUUCCGAGUGAAAACAUCACCACCCUACACAAGCUUCUGGGGAUGGAUGUCAGGAUCAGGUGGGUGAAAAAAAGGAGAGUUUCGAGUGGCAACGCACACAUCCGGUGGAGGAGACUAAGUGGGGAGAAUAUCUCUGAGUUGAUCAGGCAAGUGCAGAAGAAAGGGGCGUGGGAAUCGGCCGGAGAGGCUGCUGAUAUGUUGACGCAGACUGCUAACUGCAUCAGGGAAGCUGCCAGGGAUUUGCUUGGUGUGAGCUCUAGCUCAGGGAGUAGGCGGCAGGGUGAUUGGUGGUGGAGCGAUUCAGUCCAAAGUAAGGUGGAAGCAAAGAAGGUGGCAUAUUUGAGGUACAUGGGCUGCAAUGUUGAGGAAGAAAGAGCGGCAUUACGAGUGGAGUACAAGAAGGCACGUAAAGAAGCUAAGUUAGAGGUUACAAGGGCAAAGAAUGCCUCUUUUGAACGCCUCUACAAGGAUAUUGAGGAGAAAGGCGGUGUUAAUACACUGUUCCGGCUUGCUAAAGUGCGUGAGAGGAAGGCCCAAGAUCUGGACCACAUGCGUUGCGUGAAGGGCAGUGAUGGUAGAGUGUUAGUUGAGACUGCCAAGGUGGCUAAGCGCUGGGGGGAGUACUUUUGUGAACUCUUAAAUGCGGGAGGAGAGCAGAGGCUAGUUCUUGAUGAGCUGGGGCAGUCCGGGGUGUCUUGUGUAUAUUGCCGGCGCAUUUGCCUGAUGCCGGAUGAGUGGAGGGAGACUCUCUUGGUCCCCCUGUUUAAAGGCAAAGGUGACAUCCAGAGCUGCGAGAAUUACAGAGGCAUCAAACUGCUUAGCCACACCAUGAAGGUAUGGGAGCGAGUCAUUGAGUAUAGGGUGCGGAAAGGGGUAUGCAUCUCUGAGAACCAGUUUGGUUUCAUGCCUGGCAGAUCGACUACAGAGGCCAUUCACCUCGUGAGGAGGUUAAUGGAAGAGUAUAGGACUAGGAAGAAGGACCUUCAUAUGGUGCUCAUUGAUCUUGAGAAGGCGUACGAUAGGGUGCCAAGGGAGGUCUUAUGGAGGUGCCUUGAGACGAGAGGAGUUCCCAUCGCGUACACUCGCGCGAUCAAGGAUAUGUACGAUGGGGCUAUGACUAGGGUAAGAACCUUCGGGGGCGACUCUGAGUCAUUCUCGGUAGGGAUGGGGUUGCACCAGGGGUCUACCCUUAGCCCUUUUUUGUUCGCCUUGGUGAUGGACGUCCUAACUCAAGGUGUGCAAGAAGGGGUCCCAUGGUGCAUGCUUUUCGCGGAUGAUAUUGUGCUUAUCGACAAUACACACAGGUUUCGAUAUCUUGGCUCGGUAAUCCAGGCUGAUGGGGAGUUAGACGGGGAUGUUGGACUUCGUGUUGGAGUGGCUUGGGCCAAAUGGCGGUUGGCUUCAGGGGUAUUGUGUGACCCGAAGAUUUCGCCCAGGAUGAAAGGCAAGUUCUACCAAUCCGUAGUCAGACCUGCUAUGUUAUAUGAGGCAGAGUGUUCGGCGGUUAAGAAGACUCAUGUGCGUCGUCUGCAUGCGGCGGAGAUGCAGAUGUUACGAUGGAUGUGUGGGAAGACAAGGUUGGAUAAGAUUUCAAACGAAGUUAUCCGACGUCAGGUAGGCAUGGCGCCGGUGGAAGAUAAAUUGCGGGAAGCGAGGUUGAGAUGGUUUUGGUCAUGUGAGACGGCGGGAUGCUGACGCCCCUGUUGAGCCGGGGAUCUCUUGGAAACAGCUUCCCUGCUUCCGAGUAGGGGCAAGGU